AGGAGAGAAGAGAGCAAGGAGGGAUGAAAGAAGAGAGGAAGGAGGGAUUAAGGAAGAUAGGUAGGACGGUUGAAGGAAGAGAGCAAGGAGGGAUGAAGGAAGAGAGGAAGGAGGGAUUAAUGAAGAGCGGAAGGUUGGAUGAAGGGAGAGAGGAAGGUUGGAUGAAGGGAGAGAGGAAGGAUGGAUGAAGGAAGAGAGUAAGGAUGGUUGAAAGAAGAAAGGAAGGAAGAGAGCAAGGGUGGAUGAAGGGAGAGAGGAAGGAGGGAUUAAUGAAGAGAGUAAGGUUGGAUGAAGGAAGAGAGUAAGGAUGGAUGAAGGGAGAAAGGAAGGAUGGAUGAAGGGAGAAAGGAAGGAUGGAUGAAGGGAGAAAGGAAGGGAGAGAGUAAGGUGGGAGAAGGUAUUGUUAUGUAAAAAAGGUGUAUAUAAAUAUAUAUAUUAGGGAGCGCGCGAGUGGAGGCCCGGGGGAGAGUGCUUGGUGCGGCGGCUCCUGGGGGUUUGUGAUCAAGUGUUGGUGUCGCUAUAAAGGCGGCAGUUUAGGACCAGGAGGCGAGCAGAGCACAUCGAAACACAUCCUUGCUGGUACUUGCUGGUCCUUGCUGGUACUUGCUGGUCCUUGCUGGUACUUGCUGGUAUUUUCUGGCUCCUUCUUUGCUCCUUCCUGCUCCUCCUUUGCUCCUCCUUUGCUCCUCCGCACAAGCCGCCGCCAAGCGCCGUCGUUGCCCGGGGAGAGCAGGCCCGAUGUAUAAAAUGGAAUAUUCUUACCUGAAUUCGUCCGCCUACGAGUCUUGCAUGGCCGGCAUGGACACCGGCAGCCUGGCCUCGGCCUACGCCGACUUCAGCUCUUGCAGCCAGGCCGGGGGCUUCCAGUACAACCCCAUCAGGAGCAGCUUCGGGACGGCGGCCGGCUGCCCGUCCCUCACGCCGGGAUCCUGCAGCCUGGGCGCGCUGCGGGAGCACCAGGGCGGCCCGUACGCCGCAGUUCCGUACAAGCUGUUCACGGACCACGGCGGGCUGAACGAGAAGCGCAAGCAGAGGCGCAUCAGGACGACUUUCACCAGCGCGCAGCUGAAAGAACUGGAGAGAGUGUUUGCAGAGACGCAUUACCCGGACAUUUAUACGCGGGAAGAAUUGGCGCUCAAGAUCGACCUGACGGAAGCCAGGGUGCAGGUGUGGUUCCAGAACCGGCGCGCCAAGUUCCGCAAGCAGGAGCGCGCCGCCGCCGCCGCCGCCAAGUCGGGCAGCGGCAAGAAGUCGGAGGCCCGAGACGACGACAGCAAAGACGUCAAAUCCGCGGCCCCGGACAGCACAGGCGGACCGGGCCCCAACCCCGUGCCGACGUCCACCUGCGGGGGUGCCGCGCCCACCGGGCCGCAGGUGAACAGCAGCGGGGGCGGACAGGUGGACCAGGGGAAGAGCUCCGGGUCUCCCGCCAUGGGGGUGACGGCGGCGGGCCAAGGCUGGGCCAGCAACCCGGGGAGCAUCACCUCCAUCCCGGACUCCCUGGGCGGGCCCUUCGCCAGCGUCCUGUCGUCCUUGCAGAGACAGAACGGAGGCAAGACGUCUUUAGUCAAAAUGUUCUGAUUGACAGUGAGUCAUAUCGAUCAUGUUAUCGAUGGCUUGUCCGCAGCACGUGACGUCACCGCGUGGACUCGCUGCUUGUGUUGGUGUGCGGCCGCCAUUGUCCAGGCCCACAGUUUUCUAGAUCGGGGAAUGUGUUCCUUUGCAGAUCAUGUGCAUGUUCUUCAUGUUGUCAACUUAUUUAUAUGUCGCGCCACACUCGAACAGGCCCAUGUUUCACCUGCUUGUUGACAUGAAU